CGAGGUUGCAUUCAGAAAAAAAAAUCCCAAGCAGUCAAAUCGUCGGAGCAGCAGCGGAGAGUUGUGUUUGGGUGUCCUUUUCGUUAAUUAUUAAAUAUUAGGCCUUUAUUGUUCUUGUCAGUCAUGUCAUCAAUAAGAUCAAUGGCGGGUUUGGUUAGCAUUGUGACUGGAGGCGCAUCCGGCCUCGGCAAAGGCACGGCUGCCAGACUUGUACGUCAAGGUGCACGAGUUGUGAUUGUUGAUCUGCCCAACUCAUCUGGAGAGGAUGUUGCUAAGGAACUUGGAGAGAAUUGUAAAUUUGCAGCUGCUGAUGUAACAUCAGAACAAGAUGUGAAAAAUGCUAUUGACAUGGCAAAAAGCUCAUUUGGACGACUGGACGUCGCUGUGAAUUGCGCUGGUGUAGGUAUAGCUGUCAAGACAUAUAAUUUUAAUAAAGACAGAGCACACCCACUGGACGAGUUCCAAAGGGUAUUAACAGUAAAUACAGUAGGUUCUUUUAACGUGAUACGUUUAGCUGCCGGUGAAAUGGGAAAAAAUGAUCCCGAUGUGGAUGGUCAACGAGGUGUGAUCGUAAACACGGCAAGUGUGGCCGCUUAUGAUGGCCAGAUGGGUCAAGCUGCUUACUCAGCCUCAAAGGGUGCUAUUGUUGGGAUGACGUUACCAAUCGCUAGAGACCUAGCAUCGCAGGGCAUAAGAAUUAACACAGUAGCUCCAGGACUCUUUGACACCCCAUUAUUAGCAAGUCUUCCAGAGAAGGUUCGGGCAUUCCUAGCUCGCACAGUACCCUUUCCCAGUCGUCUUGGUAGCCCGGAUGAGUAUGCACACUUGAUUGAGAGCAUUAUAGCGAAUCCAAUGUUGAAUGGAGAAGUUAUUCGUCUUGAUGGUGCUCUGCGUAUGCAGCCAUGAGAACAACUUAUGGGCUAGGUCAGGCUAGGCCAGGCUUGGCUAGGCCAGGUCUUCUGUCAGUAAAGCAAUGAGGGCAUUUAUUUGUACUGACUGCCACAGAUGAAAUAAUCAUGAAAAAAUUUUAGGGUAUAUUGAAAAUCACAGAUUAUGUUUAGUGAUAGUGAAUGAUGAAUGCAAUAAAUACAGUAUUACAUACUAAA